UAUAGGGCACUUUCAAUUUGAUUAGCUUUAGCUGUAGUGUUGGAUCGUUCGAUCCAUUUGAUCUGGAUCGGACGAUUCAUUUACUUAGAAUUUGAUUCACUGUGGAGAAAAAAGAUUAAAGUCUUACAUGCAGAUCAUGGUUCCAAGUUUGAAUAAAUCCUUAGAUUAAUACUACUUAGAUUGAACUUGAAAGCAGCGUUUAUUCGUGUAAGCAGCUAGCUUUAUUCUCUUGGAACUGGCAACUGUUCUCAACAGAAACAUUUACCUAUAUUUCAGGUUAUAUGGUAUCCAGCUUAACAAAGUUAUACUAAAAGACUUUCACUCACCUAUUCAUGGUCGUAUAAGAAUUUCUUCCAGAAUUUCAAUGUCCUUUAUGGGAUGAGAAGUGAGGCGAAAUGGUUUUGUACUUUAAAGCUCUAAUAAGAUGGAAGAGACAAGAGAAGAUGCCGGGUCAUCGGAACCAGGGUCUUCUAAUGCUAACUGGUGGCCGUCAGGACUUAUGGACAAAUUGCGAUCUGUUUCUCUGGCUCAAGAAGAGAGUUUGAAUGGUAAAGAAACGUACAAUCCUGACCGAGAUGACCUGUCAUUGCAAACGGCGUCACAAAUUCUCUGGACCACAGGGACGCUUUCUGGAGCAAUUCCUAAUGGUUUUUACUCUGUCAUUCCGGAGAAAAAACUCAAGGAACAUUUCGACCACAUUCCUUCUCCAGAGGAAAUUCAUGCUCUGGGUUUAGAAGGUUUCCGGGCCGAUAUUAUCCUGGUUGAUGGUGAGAAAGAUAAGAAACUAUCUCUGCUAAAAAACCUAAUGGUGGCCUCCGUGCGAGGUUCUAACCCAGCUGCAAUGAUCAAGAAGAUUGCUGGACUGGUUUCUGACUUCUAUAAGCGACCAGCUUCUGAACUAAGUCCUGCAAAAGCUGCACUUGAAGACAACUCUCAUUUUUCGGAGAGUCGAGGUGUGCAGCUUUUAGGACAGAUAAAGAAUGGCUUAUGCCGACCACGAGCUAUCCUAUUCAAAGUUCUUGCAGAUACUGUAGGGCUUGAAAGCAGGCUGGUGGUGGGUUUACCUACUGAUGGUGCAAUUGAACACACAGAUUCAUAUAAACAUAUGUCUGUGAUUGUGGUGCUGAAUUCUGUGGAGCUACUGGUUGAUCUUAUGCGUUUUCCAGGUCAACUAAUUCCAUAUUCGAGUAGGGCGGUCUUCAUGUCUCAUAUAUCUGCUGCAGGAGAGAGCGACUCCGCCGAGAACGAUUCCUGUGAUUCACCUCUUGAACCAAACAGUCCUCUCUAUGGAUUUUCAGAUAGAGCGGAUGUUGAAGGUAGUCCCGAGCAAGAUGAUACCCUUCAUUGCUUAUACCAACGAAAAUUCGAAGCAUCUAGUGCAUCAGGUUCUCCAGCACGUAAUAUAAUGUUGCGAAGAACGACCUCCAGUGAGGGAAAGCUAAGUUUAUCACAUAGUGAUCCCAACAUCGCAAACAAUAUUUGGCGUCGUAGUCGAAGAAAAGUAAUCGCGGAACAACGGACAGCUAGUUCAAGUCCAGAACACCCCUUAUUUCGAGGACGUGGACGUUCCAUGCUCAGCGGCAGUGGUAGACAAUCAUUUAGAGAAUAUGCAGAUGAUUUAACUCCAUCAAGGUCAGAUGGUACCUCAACGUCAGAGACUCGUAGAAUUAGAAGGAGAAGCAUCAGCAUAACUCCAGAGAUUGGCGAUGAUAUCGUAAGGGCUGUGCGAGCUAUGAAUGAAACCUUGAAGCAAAACCGACUGUUAAAGCAACAAGGUCAUGACGGAUCAGUUUCUAACUCCCCAACUAAACUCGAUAGUCCAGAUCUCCACAAGAAUUUACCAAAUUUUAGUCUGGACGAGCGUGAUAAAAUAUCAAGUGAAAUAUCUGGUAGAUAUAGUCAUCCUGGAAAGCAACCAAGUUCACAAACGGCAGUAUCACUACCUUCAUCUCCUCGUGCGUUUAGAGGCCAUGAUUCUGAGAGAAGUGCGCGUCCGCAUUUUGUUGGAGAUGAGUUUAUCUCAACAUGGAACAAAGUCCUAGAAUCUUCGACAUUUCUUAACAAGCCUCUGUUACCUUUUCAAGAAUGGAAUAUUGACUACUCGGAGUUAACUGUUGGAACUCGUGUUGGGAUAGGUUUCUUUGGAGAAGUUUUUCGCGGAAUCUGGAAUGGGACAGAUGUUGCAAUAAAGGUUUUUUUAGAGCAAGAUUUGACUGCCGAGAAUAUGGAAGACUUCUGCAAUGAAAUCUCUAUCUUAAGCCGCCUUAGACAUCCAAAUGUUAUCCUGUUCCUUGGAGCCUGUACAAGGCCUCCUCAUUUAUCAAUGGUUACGGAAUACAUGGAGAUGGGAUCCUUGUAUUAUUUAAUACAUAUGAGUGGGCAGAAAAAGAAACUCAGUUUGCGCAGGAGAUUAAAAAUGCUCCGUGAUAUUUGCAGGGGAUUGAUGUGCAUACACCGAAUGAAGAUCGUUCAUCGUGAUGUAAAAAGUGCAAAUUGUCUAGUGAAUAAGCAUUACAUGGUCAAGAUAUGUGAUUUUGGUCUCUCAAGAGUGAUGGCUGAAUCUCCCAUGAGAGAUACCUCGUCAGCAGGAACUCCAGAAUGGAUGGCUCCCGAACUUAUACGCAAUGAACCCUUCACGGAGAAGUGUGAUGUAUUCAGCCUUGGUGUGAUAAUGUGGGAGCUCUGCACUCUGAACCGACCAUGGGAAGGUGUAUCCCCUAUGCAGGUUGUUUAUGCAGUUGCUAAUGAGGGUUCAAGGCUGGAGAUUCCUGAAGGUCCACUAGGGAAACUAAUUCAAGAUUGUUGGGCUGAGCCAGACGAUCGACCAAGCUGUGAGGAGAUUCUAACUCGUUUGCUCGACUGCGAAUACGCACUGUGCUGAUUGCCAGCAUUUUGUUGUUGAUGUUGUAAGGUUUUUUUUUUUUUUUUUUUUUUACUGUAAAUUAGAUAUGUAAUUCUGAAAACAGAUCGUUAUCAGCCCAGUUUUCCAUAGUAGUUUUCUUUUGUAUCUUGCUACACAGAAUGUAUGGCCCAACCUUUGAGGUAUAUGUUGAAAGCAAUAAGAGGUUUUCUUUUGAC